AUGAAUAAUGAUGAUCGUAUUUCUCAUUUAAAUAAUUCAUCAUCAUAUAAACCGACAAACAUACAAAACAUUUCAUAUUUAUUAACAUCUAUUUCGAAAAAUAAACAGGAUUCUAAUUUAUCGAAUCCAUUAAACAAAAAUCGUAGAAAAUCAAUUAUUCCUUCAUCACAUUUACCGAUCAAAGUAUCUAAAUCAUUCCAAAUGGAUAUCGAACAAGAUAAUUUAUCAAAUAAAGACUGUUCAUCAAUUGAAACUGAAAAACAAACUCAAUCCAAUAGUAAUUCAUUCGUAACGACAACAAUGAACAACAAUAUUGAUAACAAAGAUUUAUUACCAAAAGAUAUGGUAGAAAAUGACACUAGUCGUGAAGAAAAUGAAGCUGAAAAUAAUUUUGAUUCAUUUAUUCUUGAACAUUUUACACGAUUUUCCGGUGAACAAGAUGUUACAGCUUGGUUGGAUGAAACUGAAGACAAAUUUAAUCGAUUACGAAUUUCAAGGAACUUACGUUUCCAGGCGAUUCCAUUAUUAGUUGAACGCCAAGCAACCCGACUUUAUGUAAGAAAUGAACACAAUAUCCGAUCAUUUACCGAUUUUCAGAAAUUUUUGUUACUACAUUUCGACAAAGAAGAUAUCCAAUCAACAAUUCACAAUCAACAGAAUACCGUCUUAGGUCAAUGUAGUUUAGUUCGUCAAACAUCAUCAUCUGAAGAUAAAGGUUCACAAACUAUGACGACCUUUAAUCAUUCUCAUUUUUCUGAAAAGCCGCCGAAACAUCAUUCAACCGCAUUGAAUGAACCCAGUGCCGCUGCUUUAUGUGGCGAGUCACUAGUCUCACAAUCAACAUUCAAUUAUAAUAACACUAACUCUACUACUAAUACUUCUAAUCCAGAUGAUACAACUAGUGUACUUCGUAAAGUUCUACUACAAAAUUUAAUAAAAAAUCCAAAAACUUUCCAAGGUGGCAAAGAUGAUGCUAUGAAAUGGUUAGAAGACACUGAACAAUUAUUUGAUGUAGCGCAUAUUCCUGAUAUUAAUAAAUUGGAUUUAAUAUCCUAUUCACUUCGAGGUGAAGCACUUCGAUGGUACACAAAUAAUAAAAAUACAUUAAUUUCAUGGGAAAUAUUCGUAUCUGAACUUAAAAAGGCAUUUACUUCAUCUUAUCAUGAAGAAUUAGCAUUUAAAAAAUUGGAAGCUUAUACCCAAGGAGAAAAUCAAUCGAUCCGUAAUUAUUACAACGAAGCUAUUAAACUUUGUAAAGAAGCUGAUCCCGCUAUGAGCGAAUCUGCCAAAUUACGAUAUCUUCUCAAUAAAACAAAACCAACAAUUCAAUUUGAAGUUCGUAGAAAGAAACCUACAACUACAAAAGAAUUUCUCGAAUAUGCGAAAGAAAUUGAAGAUCUUUAUCAACUAUCUAAUAUCAAUAUUAAUACAAAUAUAAAUAUCAAUACUAAUACUAAUACUACAUCACCCACAUUACCAUUUACAUCACCUCCAUCUAUGAUUCACAAUUCCUCCAAUUCUUUUUCUACGAUGUCACGACCCCAAAAUUGGAAGCAAUUUGAUAAUACUUAUCCUACUAAUUAUAAUAAAAAUAAUUUUCGUAAAUCAUAUCCAUUACUUUCAUAUAAUUCAUCAUUUCAACCUCGUCAAUCAACAUUUUCAUCAACGAAAUCACUUAUACCAUCGCGAUAUUCACCCAAUAUCCCUUCACAACGAUUUCGUUUUAAUCACCAAAGAUCAUCAAAUGCUUAUAAUACAAAUAAUAACAAACAACCAAAUACUCAACAACGUCCAAAGACAUUUUCUCGUAACAAUCCACGACAAAAUAAUGUUAGUAGUUUACUCCCGUUAGAUGAUUUAAUACAACCUACUUCAAGACAAUCAUCUACACCUACUGAUUCUUGUACUCAAUGUAAUCAAUUUGGGCAUCCGGCUAUUGCCUGUCCAAAUUUCUAG